AUGGCAGGCAUCUUCGAGGCCCCGCGGAAUGCGGACACUCUCUUCUUGGGUGGUCAGAAAAUCACCGGUGCCGAUGUUCGGGAGCAGAAUGUUCUCGCGACUCAGGCUAUUUCAAAUGUCAUCAAGAGCUCUUUCGGUCCUUCGGGAUUGGACAAGAUGAUGGUGGACGACAUAGGGGAUGUGACCGUGACAAACGACGGCGCUACCAUUCUGUCUUUGCUGGAUAUUGAGCACCCUGCGGGCAAGAUCCUUGUCGAUCUCGCCCAGCAGCAGGAUAAGGAGGUUGGAGAUGGAACUACUUCCGUUGUCCUAAUUGCUUCCGAGCUCCUGCGAAGAGGUAACGAGUUGAUGAAGAACCGGAUACACCCUACCACGAUUAUCAACGGAUACCGCCUUGCGCUUCGGGAGGCUGUGAAGUACAUGAACGAGAAUGUGUCAACAAAUGUGGAGAACCUGGGCAGAGACAGCUUGAUCAGCAUUGCUAAGACCUCGAUGUCCAGCAAGAUCAUUGGUUCCGACUCGGAUUUCUUUGCGAACAUGUGCGUGGACGCCAUGCUGCAGGUGAAGUCGACAAACCAGAGAGGCGAGGUCAAAUACCCUGUCAAGGCCGUGAACUUGCUUAAGGCCCACGGAAAGAGUGGUCUUGAGUCAGUUUUGGUCAAUGGAUACGCCCUGAACUGCACUGUUGCCUCGCAGGCCAUGACCACCCGUGUCACAGAUGCCAAGAUUGCUUGUCUGGACAUGAACUUGCAGAAGGAGCGCAUGAAGCUUGGUGUCCAGAUCACAGUUGAGGACCCUGAUCAGUUGGAGAAGAUUCGCGAGCGUGAGGCCGGUAUUGUUCUGGAGCGUGUUGAGAUGAUUCUGAAGUCAGGUGCCAAUGUCGUUCUCACAACCAAGGGUAUUGACGAUAUGGUUCUGAAGCUGUUCGUUGAGAAGGGAGCUAUGGCUGUUCGCCGCUGCAAGAAGGAGGAUCUCCGCCGCAUUGCCAAGGCUACUGGUGCUACCCUUGUCAGCUCCCUGUCUGACUUGAACGGUGAUGAGAAGUUCGAGGCAUCCAACCUCGGUAGCGCAGAGGAGGUUGUGCAAGAGCGUAUCUCGGAUGACGAGUGCAUCCUGGUCAAGGGCACCAAGGUCCACUCUUCCGCCUCUAUCAUCCUCCGCGGUGCUAACGAGUACAGCUUGGAUGAGAUGGAGCGCUCUGUUCACGAUACUCUCUGCGCUGUUAAGCGAACUCUGGAGAGUGGCAGCAUUGUGCCUGGUGGUGGUGCCGUGGAAACAGCCCUCCACAUCUACUUGGAGGAAUUUGCCGUCACAGUGGGCUCUCGCGAGCAACUUGCCAUCGGCGAGUUCGCCCAGUCUUUGCUUGUUAUUCCCAAGACUCUGGCCGUGAACGCCGCUAAGGACUCCUCCGAGUUGGUCGCACAGCUUCGUGUCCGCCACGCCCUGUCACAGCGUGUGCAGGAUGGUGAUGCCAACGAGGAAGAGAAGGCCAUUGCCAAGAAGAAGACAUACCGCAACUACGGUUUGGAUUUGACCAAGGGACGCGUUCACGACACUCUCAAGGCCGGUGUUUUGGAGCCCAGCAUGAGCAAGGUCAAGCAGCUGAAGUCUGCUGUUGAGGCCUGCAUUGCCAUUAUGCGUAUUGACACUAUCAUCAAGUUGGACCCCGAGCAGCCGCAGGAUGACGGCCACGGUCACUAG